AUUUUAGACUUAUCUGUCAGCUGCUAUAAAUACGGACGUCGCGGUUUUUUUUAAAUGGUUUUCGUGCAAUAAUUCAACAUGAAGAUUUUAGUUUUUAUAAGUCUUUUUGUGUAUGCCUCGACGACGCCGGAGAGGGAAUUAUAUCCGCGCUACAUACACUUCCCCGGCGGCGACGGUGAGAUGCACCUAGUUGAUUUAGAAGCCCAGCCCGAUGUGGAGUUUUUAAAUGAGAUACAAAGGAAUGCGGCAAAUAAUCAAUACCUCUUGUAUACACGACGUAAUUCGAGAAACUCGCAGAGACUACGUAUGAACGACGCCAAUUCCAUAAGAAAUUCGAACUUCAAUGCUCAACAUCCCACAGUUGUGUCAGUCCAUGGAUGGCUUAGUAACCAAAACACUCAGAAUAAUCCAACUAUUCGUAACGCUUUUCUCGGUAAAGGUGACUACAAUGUUAUUAUACUAGAUUGGAGCCGACUUGCAAGACGUGAUUAUGCAACCGCUGCGGCUGGUGUACCAGAUGUUGGACGGGGUUUGGGACAAUUUCUAAAUUUCCUGCACCAAACUACGGGCGCUCCAUUUGAUAGAAUGCACCUAGUAGGAUUCAGUCUCGGCGCACACGUUGUUGGAAACGCAGGAAGAGAAUUGAGAGGAAGAGUAGCUAGAAUCACAGGUUUAGAUCCGGCCGGGCCUCUAUGGAACCUCAACAGAAAUCGCCUCAGUCCCUCCGAUGGUGUCUAUGUAGAAGCUAUUCACACUGACAGUGGAUACACUGUCGGCGGUCUCGGAAUUGGUACGGCAGUUGCUGACGCAGAUUUCUUCCCUAACGGAGGUAUAAGACAGCCUGGAUGUCUCACCAAUAUAUGCAACCAUAACCGCGCUUGGCAGUUAUUCGCCUCAACGGUGACAAGAAAUCAUUUGGAAGGAAGACUGUGCUCCUCCAUGACUCAGGUUAAUUUGAACACUUGCCGUGGGCGAACGCUACGUAUGGGCAACGAUAUUUUGAAUAAACGAGGGUCUGGAAUAUACAGAAUGGACACAAGAGCUAACUAUCCUUAUUAAUUGACUAAUUUAGUUCAACGUUGUAAACUGAAUCAAAAAUGAUCAUGUUGAAUUUGGUAAUUAAAUAAUAAUAUAUUGAAAGAUAAUUUUUAUUUUGCGAAUUGAUUGUAUUUAAUAAAAAAAAUGAUAAGAAUAUGUUAUUGUAAUUAUUUUGUGGAAUUAAAAUGAAACAAUGAAUCAGUUUAUUUACUGAUAGGAUAGGAUGAGGUCUUGGACUCAGUUUAUAUUUGUUCAUUGUUUUGUUUAAAAAGAAGGUGUAAUCGACCAUUUGUGUCCUCAAAUAUAUCUGAAUUUGAGUUUGAGAGAAGCCGCUUUCCUCACGAUGUUUGCUUUUACCACAGGAGCAACUAUUAAUUGUGUAGAAAAUUCAAUUCGCACACAACCAUGAUUCUAAAACCUAAAUACUGUAUCCAUGUUUAAAUUAUAGUUGAAGACACUCAAUAUUAUCAAAAUCAAUUAAACAUAAUCAUAUAAUAUUUUUUUUAGACGGACAACAUUUAUCUUGAUUGUAUAUUUAUGGCAUUCAGGAUUUAAUUUAUUGAAAAAUUAGAUCUAAAAACAGCUUUUUAGUAGUAGCUGGAGUGCGCUUUGAUUUAUUACAACCUUGUAUGCUUUACAUGUGUGGUCUGUAUGAUCAAUACGAAACAAUCAAGGGUUACUGCUUGUUACAUCUGAUUUAAUUAAUAGGAAUACAAAUAAUUAAUGAAACGGUUUAAUUGAUUUACAGCAGUGGUAAAGCAUAUUUCACUAGAACUAUAUUAUCGCUAAGCAUGCUGCUACUCAGAUGUUUAAUUCUCGUUUGGCGUUUGUCCUGGUGAUUUGUAGACAGAUUUCAGUAUUGUAAAGUAAGACCAUGAUGUACUGAUUAUCUGUAAAAAAAUCAGUUGGAAUGUUCUAUAUAGACUUUUAACGUCUCUAAAAACUAAGACUGUGAAUUAUUGUACAUGUUACGUUACUUCAUAAUAUUUUUUUCUACAUAGAAUUGCAUUUUACGUUAGCUCGUACUUGCAUCUGUUUAGUGAAUUGUAACUCAUUUUGCUCGUAAAAGUAGAUUGGUAGGCUUGUAGUAAGUUUGGAAGGGUUUUAAAUGUAAAUUAUUUAACUGGUACCUUGGUGAAGCUCUCAUAGGAAAUAACUGAAAACUUGUAAGCAGUGAGCGUCUGCGCCUUAUUGGCCCUGAAAUUAAGGUUAAAAAUUGUCAAAAUAGUUAUAAUGGCUUUUUGUAUUUCGCAACAAAUAUAACAAAAUUUGCAUAUA